AUGAAUCAGUAUGCUUCAUAUGCUAUUUCUGCAAUACAGAUGGCAAUUUUUGCAUUGAUUUUUGCGGGGGAUGCCAUAUGCGGGGCAAUGAAGGUGCCAAAGCCAAGCUUCCUUUCGUCGUUGCAAGAGAACAGGAUGAUGGCAAUUAUGUCAAUCUGGCUGGUAGGCAACAUGCUGUCAGCACAGCUUCUCAACACGGGUGCCUUUGCCUCUUGGCCUUUCUCAAGGCAUUUCACCCAUUUGCUACUAGUAACAGGAAGCUACUAG